AUGUCGCACCGCCAGGACCAGAGCAACGCAGUCACCGCUACGCCGUGUUGUGCCUGUGAGAACACAACUGCCCAGAAACAAGAUGGCGUUGUGAUUGAUCCGAAGCUGGCGGCGCUGCUGCCCGAGAAUAUUUUCUUCAUUGAGUCCAAGCGAGUAGCGGCGAUCAUGCAGGAGAUGGGGUACGAAUCGCACCUCGACCUGCUGCACGAGAUACUCAAAUUGGCUGCUCGACGCGCGCGACCGCCCAUCUCGAGCUUCUACGUCGGUACCGUCGGCCUCAGCCAAGCCGGCCACAUCUACUGUGGCGGCAACAUCGAAUUUGAUGGCUUAAGCCUCAACGACUCGAUCCACGGCGAGCAGUGCCUCAUUGCGCGCCUGGUCAACGCCGACGAGAAGGGUAUGGUCUGCUUCAGCGUCAACGCGCCGCCGUGCGGCCACUGCCGCCAGUUCAUCAACGAGCUCGACGUCGGGGAGCUCAAGAUCGCCAUUACCGGCAAGGGUACCUUCUCGCUCGAUCAGCUCCUGCCCUUCAGCUUCGGCCCCAACGAUCUGGGCAACGCUAUACGGCUCCUUCAGCACCCCUCCUACGCCAUCACCACCCUGCAGCAGCUGCCCCACGCCGACCCUGCGCCCGAGGCCCGGCUGGUCGAGGUCGCCGUCAAGGCCGCCAGCCGCGCCUACUCGCCCUACACCGAGUGCCCCUCGGGUGUGGCGCUUCGCUUGAAGGACGGAAGCACGUACCGGGGGUCCUACAUCGAAAACGCGGCCUACAACCCGUCCCUGCCCCCGCUCCAGUCGGCCCUCACGGGUCUGGUGGGCGACGAGAGGCAGUGGACCGAAAUCGAAGCCUGCGUGCUCGUCGAGCGGAAGGGAGCGCUCAUAUCGCAGGAGGGCAUCACGCGGAGACUUCUCGCCUCCAUCGCGCCUCAGGCCAGCUUCCACGUGUACAACAUCGACAAGUGCGUGAAGGAGACCAGCUGA